AUGCGAGGAGAGGACCUGUAUGGCAGUGUGUCGGGGGUCAUCAAAAGGCUCAAGCUACCGUGGAGUAAGCUCGCCAACGUUACCACAGACGGAUCACCAAACCUAACGGGAAAAAACACAGGACUGCUAAAAAGAAUUCAGGACAAUCCUGAGCAAGAAGUUAUUUUCCUUCAUUGCAUUAUCCACCAGGAAGCAUUGUGUAAAUCUGUACUGCAGCUUGACCACGUAGUGAAGCCAGUUGUCAAACUUGUCAACUUCAUUCGAGCGAGGGGACUUCAGCAUCGUCAGUUCAUUGCGUUUCUGGAAGAAACUGACGCCGAUCACCAAGAUUUGCUGUACCACUCCAACGUCCGCUGGUUAAGUUUGGGGAAGGUAUGCCAACGUGUAUGGGAGCUCAAACAGGAGAUCAUCUCGUUUUUGGAGCUGCAUGGGAAUUCUAACAACUUUCCUGAGCUGAGUGACACAGCUUGGCUUUGUGAUUUCGCUUUUGCUGUUGUCAUACUGACUCACAUGAAUGACCUGAACUUGAAGCUACAAGGGAAAGAGCAGUUUGUUCAUGAAAUGCACCGAAACGUCAUAGCCUUCAAAACCAAGCUUGAUUUAUUCUCAAAGCAAAUGUCAAAGAACUCAUUUCCCCACACUGGCUACGUUGACAGAGGCCCCUCGACGUGUGAAGAAAUACACGGGAUUAUUGGACGACCUGCAUAA